AUGAAAGAACGAGAGCUGGAAAAUACACCCAAAAAGAAAAGCCGAAACAAGGAAAAUAAAACACAAACCGAAACAGAAGCAGGGAAAUGGAAAUGGUUGGAAAAUUCAAAUCACAAACUCGGUAUUUAUUUGCGAAGCGUAAAUGAUUACCACUUAAAAUGUGCUCGACUGCCACCUAAAAACCAAUUGUUGGAAAAAGCACAACCCGUCGAGCUCUCCGUGGGCGCCAGGAAGGAGUGA